AUGCCCUUUGCUACAGACAUUCUGACUGACCCUUCAGUCUCAGCCUCUGCUAGACAGCAAGCUCUCAAUCGCAUCUACUCUGACCCAGGUCUUCCCCAGAGUUCAACGACCUCGUCGUUCUGGACUCGGCGUCCGCACAGCUUCAGCAACGGAGCUGCAAAGGCUCUCCCCAAGGAAACUGAUAUUGUUAUCAUUGGGUCUGGUAUUACUGGAGCAUCUGUUGCCCGGACUUUGCUUCAAAGCCGUGCUUCAAAGCCCUCUUCCACCUCCUAUCCAUCCGUUGUCAUGUUUGAAGCCCGCACAGUCUGCAGUGGCGCAACUGGCCGUAAUGGGGGACACAUCAUGGAGACAGCCGAUGACUUUAGCGAGUUCGCCGAUCUCUUUGGCAUCGACGCCGCACGUAGGCUCAUUCGCUUCCGAUUGGCGCACCUGCAGGAGAUGCUCUCUGUCGCAGAGGAGCUUGGAAUCACGACUGAGACGCAAGCACGAAAGGUUCAGUUCUUGAGCGUGUACUUUGGUGACGAGCCUUGGAACGCAGCAUUGGAACGCAUGCAACGUUUCAAGGAGGGAAUGCCGGAGGAAUCUGCUGAAUGGAACUCCUAUGAGGGAGACGCUAUCCCGAGGGAGGUGCAUUUGACUCGUGCCCGAGGCAUCAUCGCUGGCCCCGCAGGUGCCCUUUGGCCCUAUAGAUUCGUCAUCGGCGUCCUGACACGUCUCCUUGCAGACUUCCCGGAUGACUUCCGCGUGGAGGAAAACACCGGAGUGACGGCCAUUCACGACGAGGAUGCUGCCACCGGCCCAAGAUACACGGUGGAGACAAGCAGAGGCACCAUCACCGCCCGACACGUUAUCCACUGCACCAAUGCCCAUGUCAGCCACCUGGUGCCCGGUUUCCGGGGCCGAAUCUUCCCCGUGCGCGGGCAGAUGUCAGCUCAAACACCCGGUGACAACUUCCCUAACCAAGCAGCUGAUCAUUCCUGGAUCUUCAACUACGACCGUGGCUUCGACUACAUGACCCAGCUGCCGACGGGGCAGAUGAUGCUCGGCGGCGGCUUUGCGCAGGGAGAGGGCGGCGGUCUAGCGGACCUGGGCAUUUCGACAGACUCUGAUCUUAGUCUUUACAUUGACAUCCACUUGUCUGGGGCGUUGCGUGCCAUCUUCGGAGCCAAAGACUGGGGCUGCGUGCACGGCGAGCCGGUACAGGCGAUGUGGACUGGCAGUAUGGCGUUCAGCUCCGAUGCAUUCCCAUGGGUAGGACAGUUGCCGGGAGUUGCGACAGGUCGGUCUGAGCAUGGGUCUGAGGGGGCCGAGUGGGUUUGUGCUGCAUUUGGUGGAGACGGAAUGGUUCAGGCUUGGCUUGCUGGUCAGGCAGUGGCGACUAUGUUGCUCGCGCGGGAUGCUUCGCUGAGUGAGACUGUCAGUGCGGAUCUCUCGUGGUUCCCUGAGCAGCUACUUGUGUCGGAGGAGAGAUUUGCUGAGGCGGUCUUGCCAAAAGAGGUCACCGAUGACGUGCACAAGGCGAAUCUGUAG